AUGACGCGUUCAAAUCUAGUUAAAUCCGCCAUAUUGGCUUGGAUAGUAACCAUUCUUCUCUCAAUCGCCAGUGGACCACUGAUAAAAAUGAGUUUAUCAAUGGAGGACUAUUACGAUGGCCUCAUUGUGCAUAAAAAGUUACAGAACUUGAACAUCACCACAUCUAGUGAUUAUGUUGGCAUCAAAAAUACAACCAAACAAUUUUUUGAUCGUUUUGCCAAUUUCUUGGAAUGCGUUCUAGGUCUUAACAUAAUUUUGACAAUCUUGGUGAUCUUCUCACAAAUGUUUUAUGAGAAGAUAUUAUACGCCGCCGCAGCAGUUGUGUUCCUUAUAUUUACCGCUGCCUUCGUAGUUUUCUCUGUUAUGUCGGCUUUACCUUAUAAGGAUCUGUACAAUGAACAUAUCGAUCCUCACAAAACGAGUGAUUUACAUGGUCAAAUGACGUCUUCAUUAAAAGACAAUUAUUGGAAUGACAACUUUACCACUGGAACUAAGAUGUCCAAUAACUGGAAUCAUCUAUUCAUAGACUUCGAAUGUUGCGGCGUGAACAGAGUGGCAGGAACUACCAACGACUUCGAUCACACAUCAUGGUGUACCACAAAUGGCAGUUGUCAGGCCACCGCCUCGCAGAUACCAAAAACGUGCUGCAAAGGUUUUACAGAGUAUGAUUAUCAAAACGCUCAUUCCGACUGUCAUUCCUCUGUUAGCCCCGGCUUUUACUAUGACAAGGGUUGCUUUUCUGUCAUCAAGAAAGAGGUUAUAAAAGAACGGAUUCAAUUUGGUUCUUUUUACGAAGACAUUCUUAGAGAGGGGCUAAGAGUGAUUCUGGUCAUGGGGUCCUGUUCAUGCUUAAGCUUGCUUGGAACAUGUGUUUUUAUUGGCAUUUGUUUGAAGGAAAUGACUUCAAAACCUAUCAAUGGAUCAACUGCCCAGGGUCAUGUAGAGCACGUGUGUCCAAAUUCGCAAACUAACAAUGUAUCAGCUACGCAGGGAAAUGUCAAUCAAGCAUGUUCGACUUCUCAAACUAACAAUGCAUCAACAACGAACGGACAGGUCCAGCAAUGUUGUCAAACUACGCAAGUUGACAAUGCAUCAACUGGGCUGGAACGUUACCAGAACGUAGAUCCGAAAUCGCAUGCUAACAAUGCAUCAACUGCGCCCGGACAUGCCAAAAACAUUAUUUCGGAGUUAAACGGAAACAAUAAUUCUGAUUCAACUGUGACUGAACAUACCGAUGAAAAGACACGAGAAAAUACUGUAUUGUGA